AUUCCCAAUCUGUGUCCAGAGAUGAUAGUGACGCCAAUAGAGAUCCAGGCCCAAAGGCCCAACUUCCAACACCCAGGCCAGGGCCACCUUGCCUGCACAUGCAUCGUGGAGAAUUCGGCAGUGGCGACCCCAACACCAGAGCCCGGCAAGUUCCAGGAAGCUUACAGGCCUCAGCCUUGAGCCAGGGAGGUAUCAUGCCCAGAGGCCAUGCAACCUGCAGGGAGUCUGGUGACCAGGAGCCACCUGUCCAUGGCCAAAGACUGGAAAGGCAGCAGCAACCACCGGGAGCGCAGGCCUGUCCUCAGUGUGCUGAGCUGCAGAGAGAGAGAGACGACCUUAAACAGCAACUAGUGUCCAUGCAGCGCCUCACUGAAAAGUUCCGGGCCCUUUUAAGUUGAACCCAGCCUCUUCCUACAAGACAAGCAGCUGGUACCUUUGGAGCCCAGGAGCUGCGGCUUAGCUGGUUCCUUCCGUUUAUUGUUCACCCACGGCUUCCUCUCAUCACCUGCUCUUGUCCUCUCCUGACCCCAGUUUACAGCAAACUAUCCAAUUAAAGUAGCUCUCAUAUUCUCA